AUGUCGAGAUCGUGGAACCAGCCGUUUUGCGCCAUGGACGGCACGACCAGCCCCGGAUGGGGAAGCGGGAACGAGCCCGUUGUCAACAACCUUCUCCCAGCGUCGUUUGUGACGUUUUUCCCAGCGGCCCACGAGGCCAAGACGGAGAUGUGCGUAUCAGACCGACCGACGACGACUUCCACCUCGCCCUCGCUAGAAUCCCCUUACUGGAACCAGGUACUGACGCGAUUUCCGGACAGUUCGUGGGCGGACAAUUUGGUCGCCCAAAAGCCAGCGACCAUCCUGCGUGCGUGGUGCCGCGUGCCCGUUGCCGCUGGCCCUUCGACUCUUCGCAAGGGCAUGACCAUCAUGAAGCGGGUGGGCCGAGUGGCCCGUGUUGUGGCGGCCAGCCAGGCCGCAGCAGAGAUUGAGGUGCCAGAAGGCGCCGAGGAAACCCAGCGGGCGAACCGUCGCCGUCUUGAUUCGUUUGUGCCGACGGCUGAGGCCGUGUUGGAGUUGGUGGGAGAGCCUCUGUCCAGGGCAGAGGUGGCAAGCGCCGUUAUGCGCGCCAAGGUGGACGUGGCAAACUGCUACCUCCAUGAAGAGUACACCGACGUAUCGGAGCAGAGAAACCUGGCCAAACAGAGCCAGUACACCAAGAAGACGGUCCCGUUGAGGCGCCGCUUCAACACCUACUCCUCCGUCGAUUUCGAAUAUGCGAGCGGAGGCAAUGGCUACGCCAUUUACAGCGAGCUCCAUCCUAUACUCUCCAGAGCUAUGCAGGGCGGCGUCACCGAAAUCGACGUCAACAUGGCAUCCAUCACAGAGGCUGGAGUCCACCUACGAUCAAUGUCUCGCAACCCACGAGUUCCUCUGGCUGCCAGCGGCAUGCCAGAGCUAUCAGACAUCGCUGACGACAGCGAGCCGUCCAGCGUUCUGACCUUGGAGCCUAAUGAGUCCAUGUCCGACGCCAAGUCUCCGACCAAGCGAGCUUCUACCCAGUCCCCAAGCCCUACCAAGAGCAGCAAGAGCUUCCGCAAGAGACUCAGCGACACAAUUGUCAGACUGUUGCCGGGAUCCUUCCCUCGGGCUGAACCUUCUCCCAUCAAGCCGUCUUCUCCUCCGACACCCAACAUGGCCUUUGAAAGCCCUCGUCAGCAAACGCCCUCUAUCAGCAUUCCCAAGAGCCCCAGUGCAUCCAAGUCGCCUUUACUAUCGGCAAACUCUACUCCCGGCCUUAUUCGAUGGUCCAACCGCUCUUCCAAGGAAUCGCCCUUUGCUCGAUGGCGCCCAAAGCGCAAAUCCGAACCUGCUCGUCUCUCGACCACACCUUCACCUCCCCGCAACGACUCUUCCACCUUUGACGUUAGCAUGGAAGACGGCUCCAUCAUGUUUGGAUCCCCUGUACACCAGUCUCGCCCCAACGCCCCUACUCCUUCUAAAUGGAGCGGUCUUCUAUCUUCUACCCCUAUCCAACAGGCUUCUUCUGCAGCUGUCACGCCCGCCAAUGACGGAGCGUCUCUCGGUUUGGUCAAAUCCCUGCCUGAGUGGAUGCAGCACACCCAGUCACCUGCGACUCUCGAAAAAAGCCACCCCAGCAACAUUGAUUUCCGACCCGCCUCUCCAUCAUUCACCAGUUCAGUUUCGUGGGUUAAUGUCCCAACGGACACAAUUGAAGUGGAGCGCACAAAGAUUGUCAGGCGACGCAAAAGUGAGCCGCUGGUCAGAAACAUGCUCAAAUCUCAUUCUUUGCGACGAACUUCACUUUCACCUCAGAAACCGAGAUCAGGUGGGGCCAUGCCCACCGUUGAUGAACCAACAUUUCCCAGCCAUGAUUCCAUCUCUCGAAUUCCCGAGCAUUCUCAGCUUUCUAACUUCUUCAACUCUUCCGCGACUCAAUCAAACACUCUAUCAAACACUCUGAACAACGCUGCGACCGAACAAAACACACACAUGGACGCCCAAGGCAUGGAACCCCAAGGCGUGGAAUCCGAUGACCCGCACGGUUUUGGCCUCCUCGCGUGGAACUACAAGGCACAGAUAGAGGAUGUGGUGAGAGAGAGAAGAAACGCCCCUCCUCCUGUUCGCCAUCCAGACGAUGUUUUCGACGACCCCAACGACAGAUACCGUCGUGAAUCUCCUCCCCCGCACGACCCCGUGAAGCGGCUGGCCCGCUUCGCGGAAAACGGAUGCUACGACAAGGCCGGCGUCACAAUUGCUCGGAGGGAAGGCAGGCUUCUUGUUCAGUUUAAGCUGCCGAUCAAGCACAUGUACCUGUUCCCCCAAAACUACCGCGACCAGGGUUCUCCAGAGCCAGAGUCAGACGACUUCAUACCCCAGUUCCACCGCGAAUUCCCAGGGGAAACACCCGAGCCCCCCAGCCCCGAACAUCGACAGAGAUCUGAAUGGAGCUCGUCGCCUCUCGCAGCGGAAGAAUCUCAUCUCGCUGAUAAGACCCUUGUUGUUUCCGACUUUGGCGGCUCUCCUACCAAGCAAACCUCGGCGUCUGCUGAGAAUGAAGAAUCUCAUCUCAUGAACGAGACUCUCGUCGUUUCCGAUUUCGGCUCGCCUGCAAAGCACUCUCCAUCUCCCGACCAUAAAGACUCUUAUCCCAGUGAUGAAACCCUCAUUGUUUCCGAUUUUGUUACCUCGCCUGCCAAGCGCGGCUCGUCUUCUCGUCAAAGCGUCGCCAACAGCUCACCCGCCCCGACAUCGCAAAAGAGUCCCUAUACACCCGCCGAUCAGCUCAUCAUUCCUGACUACUUGACCACGUCUGAGAGAAAAGUCUACAAGCCUGGCAUGGUCUACAAGCCUGACAUGAACUCUCCGCCUCUCGUGCCCUCGGAACUUGCCACCAACCCAGAGCUUCCCACGAACUCAGAGCUUGCCGUUAAUACCGACAGCUCGUCUCUCUCUGACCUUGAGAACACGCCACCUCUGAACGAAUCGUCUGAAUUGAGCAUUGCCAUCAUGGCCGCCGAGAACGUAACAGAGCAGUCUGCCUCUGCAGAUCCCGAACCAUCACCCACCGAUUCAACCACCACCGAUGAUCCUACCUCAACGUCACCCAUCUCAUUUACACCCGUGAACCAAGCCGGCGCUCAAAAGAAAGCAGCUAGCCCGACCCUCAGCAACAAGCAAGGCUCCCCUACCAGUCCAGAAUCUGGAAGGCUAUACCCCAUCAGCCACGACGAUACCCCUGAGCGAAAUUUUCUACGCGAUUUCAUCAGACGUUCGAGACCCCGACGUCUUUCCACCACCGAGACCGGCUCCCCCAUAGCCCCUGUGCAGCGUCAACCUCUUGGAGCUAGAAGCCCUAACAUGGAGACUCAGCCAAAGGAGAAGCGCAAGUUUGAGAGCAGCGAGGGAGAAGGGAACGAGAACGAGCCGGAGACCCAGCCGGAGCCUGCCCCCAAGCGAAUUCGCCGCGUCCAUCGAACCACCCCGCCAAAGCCAAAGGCUGUUACUGCCAUGAACCACUCGGAUGAUGAAGAUCCCCUCGCCAAGGAUGUGGCACCGACCAACGAUGCUGCCGACGAGCUCGCAAACGACCAAGAGAAGAAGGAGGCCUCAGUUCCGGCUGCAUCCCGCCGAUCAUCGCGCCUGAAGACCAAGCCAAGCGCCAUCCCCAAGCCGUCGGUUCCAGCGCCCACUAGAGUCGGUCGCGGACGCCCCCCUAACGCAACCCUGGGCUCCGUGCGCAACGAACAGCAGGACUUGGUCCACCAAACCCGCGCCAACACUCGCCGUAACAAGGGGAAUGCAGAGUACCCUGCCCAAUUUUUGGCUCGGCACUCUGAGGAGGAAGAGGGAGAGGCAAGCCAGCAGGACGAGGCCGAAGCCUCCAAGGCCGGGCGCGGCAAGAGCGUCGUUUGGAAGGAGCCGCUGGAAUCGUACCAGGAGGAGGAGAGGCCAAAGAGGGGGCGGCCGUCGGCAGCAGCCAAGGAGGCCAAGGCCAAGGCCAAGGCCAAGGCCAAGGCGGCCGGGAACCGGAUCUCCAAGCCGGCGGCCAAACCCUCGGCGGCGGCGCAGAAGCAGCGGUCGAGCCGGAUCGCGGCCGGCCUAGGAAUGGCAGGGAACGGGACUCCUGCCCCCAAGCGCGCGACUCGCGCGUCAACACGGGCUCGGAAGUGA